CUGGAAUAGCUUUUGGCCACCAGAGGAGGAACAAUCCUUUUGCCGGGAGAUCUACACUGCAAGUGAGGCUAGAGUUGACUUUGGACUUGAGGGUCAAUGAAGCUCAGAGUAGGACAGACUCUGGGCACUAUCCCCAGGCAGUGUGAAGUUCUCCUCCUGCUGCUGCUGUUGGGUCUAGUGGAUGGUGUCCACCACAUACUUUCCCCAAGCUCAGCAGAAAGGAGCAGAGCUGUGGGCCCUGGAGCUUCAGUGGGAAGCAACAGGCCUAGCCUAUGGGCCCUUCCCGGCAGGCUCCUGUUCCAGAUCAUCCCACGGGGAGCAGGUCCCAGGUGCUCGCCCCAUAGGCUUCCAUCUAAGCCCCAGUUUUGGUAUGUCUUUGGUGGUGGGACCCAGCUCACAAUCCUAGGUCAGCCCAAGUCUGACCCCUUGGUCACUCUGUUCCUGCCUUCCUUAAAGAAUCUUCAGGCCAACAAGGCCACACUAGUGUGUUUGGUGAGCGAAUUCUACCCAGGUACUUUGGUGGUGGACUGGAAGGUAGAUGGGGUCCCUGUCACUCAGGGUGUAGAGACAACCCAACCCUCCAAACAGACCAACAACAAAUACAUGGUCAGCAGCUACCUGACACUGAUAUCUGACCAGUGGAUGCCUCACAGUAGAUACAGCUGCCGGGUCACUCAUGAAGGAAACACUGUGGAGAAGAGUGUGUCACCUGCUGAGUGUUCUUAGACCACAAUCCUCCCUGAAGCCUCAGGGGCCUGGAUCUGAAGUGCCAGAAAAAGUUGUUUUUUGUUUUGUUUUUUGUUUUUUUUCCCAUUAACCAUCUCACUGUCUUUCCUGUGCCUAAUACUCAAUAAAUAUCUUACCACCAAC